AUGAAUUGCAUAAGUUGGAACUGCCGUGGUUUGGGGCAACCACGUGCAGUUUUAGAACUCACCGAGUUGGUGAAAAACAAAUCGCCCUCAAUCCUCUUCCUCAUGGAGACAAGAUCAAAGGAGCAGUAUUUGAAGAAACUUUGUUCGAAGCUUAAGUUAGAAAAUGUACACAUUGAGCCUCGGAUGAAUACAGGUGGUGGAUUAGCACUCUAUUGGAAGAACGGGAUUGAUCUCAAAGUACUAGAUUCUUCACCAACAUUUAUCGACGCAGUAGUUAACCCUGGAAUGGAUGACGCCUGGCGGUUAACGGGUUUCUACGGAAACCCAAUAACAGCCAACCGGGAACAUUCUUGGGCGCUACUAAAACACCUUUGCCUGAAAAUGGAUAUACCUUGGUUAUGCAUGGGGGAUUUCAACGAAAUAAUCAAAGCGGAAGAGAAGAAGGGUGGUGCAAACAGAAGGGAGAGACAGAUGAGGGAAUUUAGAGAAGCCUUGGAUUUUUGUGGUUUUCGAGAUUUGGGGUUCGUGGGUAACCCUUUCACAUGGUGUAACAACCAAUUUGAUGGAGAGGUGACUUGGAUUCGUUUAGACCGAGGGGUGGCAACACCGUCUUGGAUACAAAUGUUUCCCACAGUGCGAGUGCACCAUGUGCAAGGUACGCUAUCAGACCAUUGUCCAUUAUGGGUUUGUUCAGAUGAUGAAAAUAUUAGAUUCUACAAUAAAUCCAGACCAUUCCGCUUUGAGGCUGUAUGGUUGAGAGAUGAAGGGUGUGAGGGCAUCAUUAGAAGUGCAUGGCAAGGGGAAAUUUCAAAUGACUCAGUGGGCAAAUUAAUGGGGAAGGUGGAGGCUUGCAGAUUAAGCUUAAAGUCAUGGAGUAGGUUAUCUUUUGGUAAUAUACGCCGAAUGUUGAUGAAAAAAAAGAAGGAGCUAGCAGCAGCCGAACAACUAUCCAUGGCAGGGAUUAGUCAUGAGCAAGUGCGGAUUCUAAGGGGUGAGGUGUAUGAACUCUUGGUAAAGGAGGAGUGCUUGUGGCAACAAAGGUCACGGGUUGAAUGGUUGAAGGGAGGGGAUUUGAACACAAGCUAUUUCCAUGGCUGA